CCUGGUUUUCUUGGGGACAUCAGUCCUGGGAUCCCUGAAAGGUAAUAAGUCUAAGUGCAGCUACUUGAAGGAACUGUACUGGAGAUAUCACAUGAAAAACUUACACAGAAACAGAGAUACCAGAAGAGCCCCCAGGGCUGAGCACGAGUCAUGCAACUGCAAUGUCUGUGGACUGUCUUGGGCAGCAUGCAGUGCUUUCUGGUCGCAGAUUCCUGUACAUCGUCAAUCUAGAUGCUCCUUUUGAAGGUCACCGGAAAAUCUCUCGUCAGAGCAAAUGGGACAUCGGAGCUGUGCAGUGGAAUCCUCAUGACAGCUUCGCGCAUUAUUUUGCAGCUUCGGAAGUUCAACCUAUGGAUCUCUGCCAGUUGGCCACCUCUUCUUGCCUUAAGCAUUGGGGUGAGAACCUAUAUUCCAGUGGUAUGUUGUGCUACCCACAGCCUUCUCUUCCUUAUUUCUUUUCAGAGUAACCAACGGGUGGACCUUUAUAAGUGGAAAGAUGGCACUGGGGAAGUUGGCACAACCUUACAGGGCCAUACGCGCGUCAUCAGCGACUUGGACUGGGCAGUGUUUGAACCAGAUCUCCUGGUCACCAGCUCGGUGGACACCUACAUCUACAUUUGGGAUAUCAAAGACACAAGGAAACCCACUGUUGCACUCUCUGCUGUAGCUGGUGCUUCCCAGGUCAAAUGGAAUAAAAAAAAUGCAAACUGCCUUGCCACCAGCCAUGACGGUGAUGUACGGAUAUGGGAUAAGCGGAAACCCAGUACAGCAGUAGAAUAUCUAGCAGCCCACCUCUCCAAAAUCCACGGCCUGGACUGGCAUCCAGACAGUGAGCACAUUCUCGCUACCUCCAGUCAAGACAACUCUGUCAAGUUCUGGGAUUACCGCCAACCUCGGAAAUACCUCAAUAUUCUCCCUUGCCAGGUGCCUGUCUGGAAAGCCAGAUACACACCUUUCAGCAAUGGAUUAGUGACUGUGAUGGUUCCCCAGUUGCGGAGGGAAAAUAGUCUGCUCCUGUGGAAUGUCUUUGAUUUGAACACUCCCGUCCACACCUUUGUGGGACACGAUGACGUGGUGCUGGAGUUCCAGUGGAGGAGACAGAAGGAAGGUUCCAAGGACUACCAACUGGUUACAUGGUCCCGGGAUCAGACUUUGAGAAUGUGGCGAGUGGAUUACCAGAUGCAAAGGCUCUGUGCCAAUGACAUAUUAGAUGGUGUUGAUGAGUUCAUUGAGAGCAUUUCUCUUCUGCCAGAACCAGAGAAGACCCUGCACACUCAAGAUUCAGAUCACCAGCAUAACUCAAGCCAUGGAGAGGAAGAAGUGGUAAAGGAAGAUCCCCCUAACAGUCUCCUGGAAGACAGGAAGUCAGAUCAGCUGGGUCUGCCUCAGACUCUGCAACAGGAGUUCUCCUUGAUCAACGUGCAAAUCCGGAAUGUCAAUGUAGAGAUGGAUGCUGCAGAUAGGAGCUGCACGGUGUCCGCGCACUGCAGCAGCCACCGUGUCAAGAUGCUGGUGAAGUUCCCAGCUCAGUACCCCAACAAUGCCGUCCCUUCCUUCCAGUUUAUUAACCCCACAACCAUCACAUCGACCAUGAAAGCUAAGCUGCUGAAGAUCCUGAAGGACACUUCCCUGCAAAAAGUGAAACGCAACCAGAGCUGUUUGGAGCCCUGCCUACGCCAGCUCGUCUCCUGCCUUGAGUCUUUUGUGAACCAAGAAGACAGUGCUUCUAGCAACCCGUUUGCACUCCCAAACUCUGUCACACCACCUUUGCCAACUUUUGCGCGGGUGACCACGGCCUAUGGGUCAUACCAAGAUGCCAAUAUUCCCUUUCCUAGGACUUCUGGGGCCAGGUUCUGUGGAGCAGGUUACCUGGUAUAUUUCACAAGGCCCAUGACAAUGCAUCGAGCAGUGUCUCCAACAGAACCCACUCCCAGAUCUCUCUCCGCCUUGUCUGCUUAUCAUACUGGUUUGAUCGCACCAAUGAAGAUCCGCACAGAGGCCCCUGGGAACCUUCGCUUAUAUAGCGGGAGCCCCACGCGCAGCGAGAAAGAGCAGGUUUCCAUCAGCUCCUUCUACUACAAGGAGCGGAUGUCUCCUCGCUCUGCCCGGCGACGUUGGUCCAUACAAGCAAUUAACGACUUCCCGAAAUCAAGGAGGUGGAAAAGUAAGCGCGAGGGAUCAGACUCUGGCAAUCGACCCAUCAAGGCUGCCGGGAAAGUCAUCAUCCAGGAUGUUUCAUGCCUCCUUCCUGUUCAUAAAUCACUGGGAGAACUGUACAUAUUGAAUGUGAAUGAUAUUCAGGAAACAUGUCAGAAGAACGCUGCUUCAGCCAUGCUUGUUGGAAGAAAGGAUCUUGUCCAGGUGUGGUCGCUGGCUACAGUAGCUACAGAUCUUUGCCUUGGUCCGAAGUCUGACCCAGAUUUGGAAACACCCUGGGCUCGGCAUCCAUUUGGGCGACAGCUACUGGAGUCCCUGCUGGCUCAUUAUUGCCGACUCCGGGACGUGCAGACCUUGGCAAUGCUCUGCAGUGUGUUCGAAGCCCAAUCUCGGCCUCAGGGCAUCCCGAACCCCUUUGGGCCUUUUCCUAACCGGUCUUCUAAUCUCAUGGUGUCCCACAGUCGAUAUCCCAGCUUCACCUCCUCGGGUUCCUGCUCCAGUAUGUCGGACCCAGGGCUCAGCACCGGAGGCUGGAACAUAGCGGGAAGAGACGCAGAGCAUUUAUCUUCGCCUUGGGGAGAGUCCUCACCAGAAGAAAUCCGCUUCGGGAGUCUGACCUACAGUGAUCCUCGAGAGCGGGAACGGGACCAACAUGAUAAAAAUAAAAGGCUUUUGGACCCUGCUAACACCCAGCAGUUUGACGACUUUAAGAAAUGCUAUGGAGAAAUCCUCUACCGUUGGGGGCUAAGAGAGAAGCGAGCAGAAGUACUCAAGUUUGUGUCCUGUCCCCCUGAUCCCCACAAAGGGAUUGAGUUUGGCGUGUACUGCAGCCACUGCCGGAGCGAGGUCCGGGGCACACAGUGUGCCAUCUGUAAAGGCUUCACGUUCCAGUGUGCCAUCUGCCACGUGGCCGUGCGGGGAUCAUCCAAUUUCUGCCUGACCUGCGGUCACGGUGGCCACACUAGCCACAUGAUGGAGUGGUUUCGGACUCAGGAGGUGUGUCCCACCGGGUGUGGGUGUCACUGCCUGCUUGAAAGCACUUUCUGAACCUACAGAUGGUGGGUGUUGUAAUCCCAGAGGACCCCGUCAAUGCUGGUAAAACGCUGUCUGCCAGGAGGGAAGCUCCAGAACCCAGGAGGUGGUAGUGUGUUGCCCUCACAGACGGCCGCAGUAGCAGCUGCUCAUGAGCCUUUCCUACUCUUUGGCUGCCCUGGCCUGGACAUCACUGGAGAGGGGGAGGGCAGGUGCACAGAGCUGAGCUACUACGAUGGAAGUUCCCAUGGGGAAGAGCACCGGCCCCAGGGUCUUAGCCCUGAACCACAAGUGGGGCUCUCCUGACCAAGUCAGCUGUGACAGUCUCUGAGUCAAAGGAUGGUGGACAUUAAUUUAAUUGACAAGUGGGCCUAUGAGAACUGUAACUUUAGAAAUUGAUACAUUUAAAUGAACAGAUGGAUAGUGGCCUUCUGUAUAAUACUGAAAUUAUAAAUAUAUGCUGUACUUAAGGAUUGUUAA